AUGUCCCUUCUUACUACCAAUGGAAUGUUAAUCAUCGAUGAAAUCGAAACUGAAUCAUCUCAUUACUAUGAUAUCUUAGGAGGAGGAGGUAUGUACGCGAUUUUAGGAGCUUCUAUAUGUUGCAGCAAUAUUGAUCUCCGUCGCGGUUUGUUGUGGAUUGUAGAUAGAGGAUCUGAUUUUCCGGAUUCUUUGACAGAAGCUAUCAGUUCAUGGGGGACAGGAUGUGUAUUUAGAGAUGAUAAAAACAGAUUGACUACAAGAGGAUACAAUCUAUACGGUAGUAACGAUUUUAGACAGUUUGAAUACUUGAGCCCCAAGAAAAGGAUAGACGUUGAAGAUUGGUGUGAAUGCUUUAGCGAAAACGUGGUUCAAGAGAUCCGAUGUUAUCAUUUAUUAUGUUCUGCUGAUAGAGUUUCUGUGAUUAUAAACAAAUUAGAAGAGAGAUAUUAUCUUCAAGAUGGCACUCAUUCCUUUGUAUGGGAGCCAAUUCCAGACCUUUGUACUCCGGAUCAAUUUCCUCUGAUGAAGAAAUUGCUCAAUGGCCCAAACCAUUUCAUAUUCUCUCCAAAUGCCGAAGAAGGAGCUCGAAUGUUGGGAGAGUCAGAACCGAGCACACUCGAAGAUUGCCGUAGUUUGUUAGUCAGGUUGGCUGCAGAGAUCAAGCCUGGGAACGUAUGUGUCCUGAGAUGCGGGAAAGAAGGAUCUUUGGCUGUCACAUCUGGCACUAAUGAUGCAAUCCUUCACUUCCCUGCUUAUCACUACAAAACUCCGGAACUCGUGAUAGACCCAACUGGUGGUGGGAAUACUUUCUUAGGCGGGUUUGCUUUCGCCUAUGCAAUGUGUAAUGAUAUUUCAAUUGCAAGCAUAUGCGGUAAUAUCGCAGCUGGAUGUGCUAUAGAGCAGUACGGAGUUCCCGUUUACCAAAACGUGCAAUGGAAUAAACGCAGCUUCGCCGACAGACUGUCAUACUACUUGUCCGCCUACGAUUUGAAAGGGGAUCCAGUAAAAAUACUUGAAGCCUUAUCGGGAAAGUAG